GAGGAUCAACCUAAAUAAUCAGCGUUGAAGAAAGGUCGCCCCUCCAAAGUACGUAUUGUGGAUUGAGUGGCUGAGUUUGCACGGAUAGUUGGUGAUAGGAAGAAGCCCAGCCAUUCUGCCAGGCUUUCCAGGAAGGAUGGGAGUUUAAAUGCCCAUGGAUGGGAGGAGGAGGGGGCGUGGAAUGUUGGGCUUCUUAGUAUUCCCCUAUUUAUUCCUCUUAAUCUUUUAGAACACAAUGUUUUAGCUUUGAAUAUGACUUUGAGUGGUUUAUAACUGUGAAUCAUUUUUUCCUUUUUAUGAAUAUGAAAUGUAAAUUCUGUAAUGCUGCCAUGUAACCCGUCGUUUGAUAAUGCAUCCAUUUAGAACAUUUUUUUUUUUUUUAAAUCUUUUAGUAAUGCUUUGUGGGUGACUUCUCCUACCAAGCCCCUGUCAUCCAAUCUGUUAACUGCAGGACAAGCAUGUGUUGUACAUCUAUGUGUUUCUUAACAGUAACGUCUGAAAUAAGCAUUGUGAUGUCAGUAUGAAUCAGUGGCAGAACUUGUAAAAUCUCGGGUAUUUUGUGACAUUAUAAAGUCAAAAACUGCUGCAACAUGACUUGAAACUGGCACGUAGGCCAUCAUCCUUUUGUGAAGAAUGUAAUCCGUAUUGAGGCAGUGAAAAGACAAGAAGUUCUGCAGCAUCCUCCUUUCCAUUGUAUUGUUGCCUGUCAUAGCCAUGUAACUUUUAAUAGAGUUUCAUGAUAUAUUGUCUAUCAAGUUAGAUUGGUACAUAGAUCAUUUAUGGGUUGAUGUGACCUGGCUGGAUUGUCAUUAUGACUCAGGAAACUGAUUUUGGAAGAGGAUCUGGUGUAUUUCUUGGAGGUAUAUAAAGCUAAUAUUGAUCGUUUUACUCUCUGUCUAACCAAAAUUUAAAAACGGUUUUAUAAUAUAUAUCUGUAUUCAAAGCGUUUGUAUUUUACACUUUGUAAUUCAAAAUGUUUGCAAAGGAAGUGAAAUUUCUUCUGCCUAUGCUGCUGUAGUCUUUAAGAGCUUUGUUGAUUUUAUGUGUCCCUUAACAAAGUGCACACAUUGUUAAAAUGAAUUGCUGAAUUCACUAAUUCAACGAUUUUUCAGAGGGUGGAGUUUUGUACAAUUAUGCCUACACUAAAACUAUUUUUUUUCUUAUUUUUGUUAAUGUAACUCAACCCACUGAGUAGGCUUGUAUAGUCCAUGAAUAAGCAGUUUCACAGCAUCCUAGAUUCCAUAGACUUGGCCAUUGUGCCGCUGGCUUCUGCAAUAUCAUUUUUAUAUUGGUUGAAUUACUUUGUAAAAGCUGCAUGUUCUGCAGGGGUGCUAUGUUAAACUUUAGGCCCACCCGCAACAAAGAUGCUAAUCUAAAGCCAACAUUUUAGUGGUGUGUGUGUGUGUGUGUGUUUUUUUUUUUUUUAAAAACAAUAUAUGGUAUGAGCUGAAAGCCUGUAGGCCUCAUCAUAGACCUUACUGUUUGGGUCCACGGUUACAAAAUACAUUGUAAUGGCUAUUGUAAACACUUCCAUCCAAUGUCAAAGUAUGAAUUGAUGAAUAGUGUUUUUUGUUAAUUUUUUAUUUAUUUUUUUCCCCUCCUCUUUUAAAAGUGACUUAAUUUUAUCUGCCAUUAAUAUGUGACCAGUGUUCUCGGGAAUCAUGGCCUCUGGAUUCCUGCUAACCUGGCAUUUGUUCAAGUCUUUCUGGGACUUCUGCCAAUUUUUCAAACUCUACGAUAUGGAGGAGGGGAAUCUUUGCAUGUGUGGAUGACUUGCUGCAAAUCAUGGUUAAUCAAUAAAUUUGGGUACAUAUUGAUCACAUCUGGUGCUUGUCUGGUUUACUUGAGUCACCUUGUGAAUACGUGCACUGUAUUAAGUUGUAAAGUAAAUGUGUAACACUCCUUUAUGCUAGUGAAAGUCUUAGGGGUGCUAUGGCUUAUCCACAGCAGCGUGAACAAAUGCAUAGUGCAUCACAUUCCUUUCCUGUUUGCUUAACUCAUGUCUAUUGAAGUAACGGGUGCACGUCAUUUACCUGCAGUACAUCACUGCUGACCAUGUUGGUGCUAUUUAAAUAACUGUUCCUGUUUGUCAUUGGUUUCUUGCUUCUUUAUUCAUCAGAUAAUUGAAGAGAGUUUAUUGUAGUUGUGUUCUCAAUCUAGAGAAAGCACACACAAAUAUUUUAACUAAAUAAAACAUUUCUAUAACGCUCAUUUUUCUUUUUUCCCCAUUUACACUUAAGGUCCUACACCUCUUUGUAAAUAUAAAAGAAUAUUCAAUAAAACACUUUAGCCAGCUCUAUCCUUGUCUUGGCUUUGGGGAUCUACGGUGGGUACACUGCAACAGCUACUCUCCAUCAGUUGGAUGUUCUCAGAGAAAGGCAUUAUCAAAGUGCAUUUUCUGUGAUUGAAUUGUCAGUGUUCAGCGCCAUCAUGGGCGUGAUGAUGCCAAACAUGAAUACCUAUUUUUCCUCUUGUGCCUCUCUGUUACCGCCAUUUGAGGUGUAUUCUCCAACAAAUGUAAACCUUAUAUAUGUCAAAACCAUAAUUGUUUAUCCUUUUCCAGAUUGUAGGGACAGUCAUUGCACCGAAUCCAUUAUUAAGAGUGUCCCUUGAAAGGAACACUCAAAGCACCAUAACCACUACAACUCGUUAUGCAGGGCUUGGCUCAGGAGAGCUAAUGGAAGUUCCUGCUUGGUAAUUUCUGGCUCUCCAUCAUUGACAGUCAAGGGAAUGAGAUGGUGCCGGACAGACCCCCAGGUAAGAUGUCAAACCGUUCAAAAACAGUUUAACUCCUUACAGUGAGGGGACCAUUGCUCUCCUAGCACUAAUAUGAUUAAAACAAGCUAUUAUGGUGCUUCGAGUGUUCCUUUUUAAUGUAGACAAGUUUGUGACUUGUAAAACCGUUCUUUGUAAGAAAAUUUAUAUAAAACAAAGACUUGCCCAUGGAGCCUGGUGAUAGAGAUGUUUCAUUUUGGUUCUCCCUAAGCUCAUCUGUGUGUAUAUGUAUAUAUACACCUCUUGGUGAUGGAACGUGAAGUGAUACCUGUGAGUGUUUGAGUGAGGAAUUUGCAUCCUGUGGGAAAUGGUAACACAUUAGCCAGAGUUACCAAUAACCCAGGAAUCAACAAAUCCAUGGCGAUACAGAAAUUGGAAUGUAUGAUUGCUAUCUUUUAGACCCUGUAGACUUUCAUGGUUCUCUUGCACUCAUGAUGUUGUGUCAUCUUCAUAGAGCAAUGAAUCAAGAGGUCAUGAGUUGAGAACAAAGCUGUCUCUUCCACUUGAAUAUGCAGAGAAUUCAAGUUCAUUACAAGAAAACUAGGCCGGGCCUCUGUCUCCUCCAGCUCACCACUAUAAUGAGCAGCAGGAUGGAGGAAAUUGGUUUAAAAUAAACUAUGUAUCUGUAUAAGUUGUGUAUGCUUGCAUGUACCACUAGUUGUGGGGUAAGUGGUACUAGUUUGGUAGGAAUGUGUGUAUGUGGUUAGAUAUGUAUGUACUUAAUUGGGUAUGCCCGUGAAAGAUUUAAGAUGUGUGUGUUGUGAAUGAAACAUCUUUUUGGUAUACAAUUUAUAGAAAACUUGUCCAGCUCGGCAUUGAUGCUUUUUAUGUCCAGAUGUUCAUUUUCUUACUAUGGUCAGUAAUUUGUCAGUGACCAUUUUGUAUUAAAUAUUAAAAUAUUUAUUUUUGUAUGAAAUGUACAUUUCAGUGUUUAGUUUCCGGCAACAGAAGUGCCAUCCAACUUUGCCCCUUCUGGACACCUUUUGAUAUGCAAUAAUAUUGACUCCUUUAUCCCUAAUAUUAUGUAUAUCUUAAUUUAUGUAUAAGCAAAAUAAUUAGAGGUAUAAUUAAAGAACCACUCUAGUCCCUUAACCAUUACAGUAUGCAGCGGCAUCCUUCUCGAGCCAGAAGCUCUGCCUGAUAUAAGCCUGGCGGUGCAGGAUAUUCAUCGGCUGAGCGUGAACAGUUGACACUCUUGACCAAUAAGCUUGGCUCGAGAGAGCCUGUAGCAAGAGCUUCCAGCUCUUAUGACCAGAAACCUAAGGGCAGUGAUUGGCCUUUUGUGCACCCUAGGUAAUUUUUUUUUUUUUUUUUUUUUCCACUACUUGCAUUAAGGACACCAGGACAUUCCUGGUACCAUAGCCAGUACAGCAUGCUGUAGUGGUUAUAGCUCUUGGAGAAAACCGUCAUUGUGAUACACAACAAGAUUGUCAAAUUUUAAUCUGCAUAUUUCUUAUAGAAGUGUGCUGGCCUCAAAGUGAGAAAAUUUACAGAUUUGUAAAUAUGAGAUUAUUCUGACCCCAAAUCGGUUCCAGGUACAACAAAUUGCUGCAGGGACAACCUUCCACCAUGCAUGUUAGCUUACUUUUUGUACAGAUCAGGGAGGUAGUCCGGGGAGGCACAGACAUGCACAAGUCUGUAUGACCACCUGUUCCUCCACAUCCAGUUCCAACAGUGUGAAAAGCAUUUUCAAGACUGCUCUGUUAGCUGAUUAUUUUGCACUAGGUGUUUCUUGCUUAGCAAGGUUUAGUAUUUGCAAGUGAGAUCUGUAGUUCUGUCUAAUAACUUAACCUUGCUCUAUUCAAAGAUGCCAUUUCUCUGUCUGGCUAUUCAAGUAGGGCUAGAGGUGUGCAAUUCUUGGCAGCUCGGAGCCAGAAUGGAAUCUUAAGACUUUAGUUAGGAGUUCAAGCUUCACAGAGAGGCUCUGACCAUUGCACAACACACAGGUCACAGAGGGACUCCUGCCUUGGGAUGGCUUCAAAUAACUGUUUAAUUGCCAUCUAUCCGAAAAAGGUUGCAUUAGAAUGUGACUGUAGACCUGCUUUCUUUAUUAUAAAAUAAAGGUAGUAUUGUUGAGCUGUGUUUGCAUGUUUGGGAUCUACAUUUUUUUUUUGUGAAUAUGAAAUCUCCAGUAGCUGCCUAAAAUUGCUCUGUUGUGCAGAUAUUAUACACAUCUGUGAAUUAUUUGCUCUAAUAAUUGUGUAAUUAAAAUUUGUUAAAGUUUUGCAGCACCCAGUUGUUAAAAAGGAUCCAACAAUUCUGUGGUUUGGGAAAGCAUGCAUUAGAACUAGAUCUACAAUGGUUUUAACAGAAACAGCAGUUCUUGCUGAGAGACCACAUCUCAGCAUCUCUCUCAGGUAACUGGCCUUUGGCUUUAUGCACUAAACUGUGAAGUUUUGACUUUUUUGUAAGGAAUUGCAUAAUCUAAGCCAAAAAUAACUUGAUUCAGAGAAAAAAAAUAGAACGGCAGUUUUAGUUUAUAAUUCUCUUAUCAAUCCUUCAAAGUUCUAUUUUUUUUUUUUUUUUUGUGAAUCUCAUUUGUGUGAAGUAAUCCUGUUAGUGCCUUAUUGGAACUUGUCAAAUGUGGCAAAACAGCGUUUUUAUUCUACCACCCUGUGACUUGGAUUAUAACCUAGCUCUCUUAACCUAGCAUGCUCUAGAAUCGAAAUCAGGGCUGGACUGGAUACCGGGAAAUUUCCUGGUGAGCCUGCAUACUAGCGGGCUUCACGGCGCAAUCACAGGGUGACCGGUAGGAGGGGAGGCACUCUCCUCCUGCCAGUCAAAGAAUGUAGCGUGGCCUAGUAGAAAGACCGCGGUAGAGGAGCUCCUGUUCCCCUACCCGGUCUGACAGCAAGUGCUCACAGAGCGCACGUGACUGCUUCCUGUCAGACUGGGUACAGUGAGCAGGAGCUCCUCCACCACGGUGUGCCUACUUGGCCAAGCUACAGGGAGAGCUAGAAGGAGAGGUGGAGGGGAGGGAACUAAAGGGACACAGGGAGAGCUUGGGGGGAGGGGGAACUAAAGGGACACAGGGAGAGCUUGGGGGGAGGGGGAACUAAAGGGACACAGGGAGAGCUUGGGGGGAACCAAAGGGACACAGGAAGAGCUUUUGGGGAGGGGGAACUAAAGGGACACAGAGCUUGGUGGGGAGGGGAACUAAAGGGACACAGGGAGAGCUUGUGGGGAGGGGGAACUAAGAGGGACACAGGGAGAGCUUGGGGGGAGAGGGGACUAAUGGGACACAGGGGGAGCUGGGGGGAGGGGGCACUAAUGGGACAUUGCCCCCAGACCACUUUAAAGAGCUGAAAUGGUGUGGGUGCAUACAUGGUUUGUAGCUGCAAUCAGAAAGUGGAGGUGAUGUUCUUGUUAUAAGAAAAAAUUGGUUCACAUUCUGACCUUGUUGAGCCCAUCCUAGCAAGACACCACAUUUCAAUACAAUAGUCCUGUUUAACACCUGAGAUUAGUAUGUAUUACCAAUUAGACCAUAUGUUGAAAUCUGUGGUUUGAAAUAAUGGAGUUUUGAAUUUAGGCAGAAGAUAUCUGUAAAAUCCUUGUAAAACUAUGAGAUGUUUAUUUUAUUUCAGGAUGACACUGUCCCAAGCUUAUUAAUUGCCUGAUGAUUUAAUCCAUAUGCUCCUAAUGUGUGGUAAUUGUGGAGGUAGAAAUAAACAUUUGAGUCGAUUUUAGUUCAGGUUUCAUACACCCCUAAUGCAUCCAUUGAACCAAUAGGAGGCAAACCCAUCCUACUGAAGCAGUUCAGAUUCUGCACAAAAAUUGUAUCCUUGAUUUUUAUGUGCAAAUCAAAUGUAUCCAUGGUUCAACAAGUUUUAAAGGCCUUAAUGAAGUGGCUCUGUCACCUUCUGUGUGGCACUUCAUCCAGCAGGAGCCAUGUCAAUGCCUUAUUUGGUCACUUGCGUGAUGGUAAAACACUGUAUUGAUGAUGAGCGAGAAAAUGUCUUAUUCCCACAACUGUUGAUGGCAACGCCCCGGGGAAGUGAAGAAACGUGACAGCUAGGGAUUUACCAUAAAACACAGAAGUCCCUCUGCAUGUUUUGACGGCUUUUUAAUUUCAAUGUAUAUUCAACACAAUCUUUGAGUGUUCUUUUGGGGUGACAGAUCCAUUUUUAACAAUUUUUAGAUUUCAUUAAAUGAAAAACAUAAGCAACAUAAUCACUACCGCAAUUCUGUCUCAAGGCUGAAUGUUAAACUGGGGCGCUUCAUGUGGCCUGACCCUACUCUGAUGCAUGAAUAAUGUGGACUUAACAUUUUUGCUUGAUCCAUGUAAAUGUCAUCUGAUCCGAGCAGCAAGGGUUGACAGCUGGUGAUGGGUUUAGCCAGGCUCUGCCAUCCAGUACAUUUGACAGUGAUAAGGACCUCUUAAUCCAGUUCAGAAAAGGCAAAACUAAGGCAAACUUUGCAAAUGACCAGAAUACCUUUUGAUGGGCACUCAGUCUGUAAAUUGUUAAUGGCUACUAAACCGUUACAUUUCACUUUACUGACUGCCAUACAUAUUGUAUGAACAAAGCAGGUUUCCGGUCAGCCCUAGACUUGACCUCUUGAGAGGCGCUUCAGUGGAACUUUAUUCAUGUCUUGGAAUUGUGGUGAGCAUACACUUCAUAAUAUUAAAUGGUCAUGAUGGGACACUCAUAUACAGGUGUAUCCAAGAAGCAGGAUGUCUCUAAAGUGUUAAAGUGACCGUGGCUUAUCUAUAUGUAAUGGAGUAGGUCAUCUGAAUACAGUUAAAAUUGUUCUUUUUACCAACUCAUUUUCUGAAUGCAUUUUCUUCAUUUUGGAUAUAAUUUUUUUUUUUUUUCUGUUUUGUUGGAGAACUCUGUGAUAUACCAAUACACAUCAAACAUUCCGAGCUCCCACAGGAUGCUUGAGCCAAAUGAUUGAAAUACAGCUUAUUGUGGUAAGGUGACUUGCAAAAGCACAUUCCAGCUUCAUCUUUAAAGGUCAUGAACAAGGCCAUUUAGGUGUGCAUGUGACUUGCUUCAGUGGCUGAAAGGGUUAAAAACAAUGUGAGCUUAUUUCUGUAUUAUUCUCACCACAACUGAAAUAGCCACAGAGAAAACAAUCUGAAAUGUGUGGUUCUAGAUUCUUACUCCCCGAUACUAUUGUUUGGGCACAAUAUAUGUGCCUUAGUGAGACAUUCAUUCAAAUUUCACAAUAAAUAGAAUUCAGAUUAUCUUCUCUAAAACCAGGAUCUCCCACUUAUCCAGGGAAAGUUGUAUCACCCAAACUCAACUACCCUUGACUUUUCUUUCCUUUUUGCAUCCUGUGAGGUACAUUCCUACAUCAGUGCUUUCAAUCAAAUGGGCUCUUUUCUAUUUUUCAUUCUUAACAUCUUUAUUAUAGGAUUGAAGUCUCAUUUUGAAAUGGUUGGUGAUGAAAUUCCAAUGGAAACUGUGGAUUUAAAAGAUCACAUUAGCAUUGGGAAUACAAAACUGUAUUCCUAGUUCUAAAGUGCCCCUGUCCAUGGUUAGAUUUGUGCUCCCCUCCCAUUUGCCAUAACAUUAAUUUGAAAUUAUUUCCAGAUAACGCAGGAGAAUCAGCCACGCAAAGGCAGGUCUCCUUUUCAGGAGAAAAUGUGUAUAGAGCGUGAGGUGGUGGUGUGUUCUUCUUCUUCUUCUUGUGGAUCAGGCAGUAAAGUAGCCUCUUGGUUGUGGUCCUAGGAGUCUCAUAACAGGUGUUUAGUUGCCUACGAAUCUACAGAGUUUACAGGAUGCAUGUGUAGACCACCUUGCAGUAGGUUUUGGAACAUCUGAUGCAGUAAGGCGACCUUGCGCAAGCGUUCCAGUAGGUCUAAAAACCACUGUUGCCUUUUCCACAAGGGAAAGACCAACAAGAUCAAAACCUGUUUGACCACUUACCCUGGGAUGGUGCCAUUACAUUCCUGGCACAUUAAUAACACUAUAGUGUUGAUGGGAGUGUUCCUUUAGGAAAUAAAAUUAGGCUACCUUUAGGGAGACUAAUUUGUUAAUGCGAACCUUUCAAGAUGGGUUUAAUUUAUUAUCAAAAUAUCUUUUUAACCAGGAAAAGUAUGUAUUGUUUGUCACCAGUCAAGAAGGUAUUUUCCAACUUAAUGGCACUCAUUUUAUCAUCCUCCUAAGUGUGGAAGAGUGAGUUGACCAAGCAUUUGACAGAUAAAGCAGCUGGAGCUCUAUCCACCUUCAACCUGUGAUUUCAAAAAUAAAUAUUCUGUGAUGUUAUCAUUUAACUUUGUGUACAGUAUAAAAGUGAAUGCAGUGUGCACAAUAUAAGCAUUGCCUUCUGUAUAAGCAGUGUGCACAGCAUAAGAAUGUAAGAAUCUUGGCAAAUAAGCAGUAUACACUCAUCAGCCACAAGUUUAAAACAACCUGCCAAAUAGUAAGUUCCCCUCGUACUGCCAAAACUGAUUUGAUACAUGGAGUCCUAAAGACCUCUAAACAUGUCCUUCCUAUAGGAUCUGGUGCCAGAUACCAUAAGUCUUGCAAGAUGGAGCCUCCAUGCAUCAGAUUUGUUGUUCCAGCUCAUCCCGCAUAUGACCAAUUGUAUUCAGAUCGGGGGAAUUUAGAGGCCAAUGAAACAUCUUGAACUUUGUUCAGGCAUGGUUUGAGGAACAUGACAAUUGUUGCAGGGUGCAUUAUACGCUGAAAGAGACCCUCAACUUCGGGUAACAGCAUUGCAUUGGAGUGUACAUCGUCUGCAACAAUCUAUAGGUAGAUGGUGGGUAUCAAAGUAACAUCCACAUAAAUGCCUGCUUUCCCAGGAGAACAUUGUUUAGAACAUAGCACUGCCUCCACCUCACAUCACACUAGAGGCAGGACUGCCAACUGCAUGCGCAAUAAGAAAAUUUAAUGGGCGGCAUCUGUACUAGAGUCCCAGCGACCGUUCCUUUUAAAUAAAACCCUUAUAGAUGUCUUUCUUGUGAAUUUCCAAAGAAAUGUCACACACAUCUGUUUUGUUUCAGUGAUUACAUCAGUUUUUUUUCUUCUUUGUAUACAUGCUGUUUAGCAGUGAUGCAAUACUAUUGUUGAUAUUGGCAAGGCAUUCUAAUGUAAUGAGGAGCAUAGAUAUAUCACGGUGUGGCAUGCUGCUGUGCAGUCUAUAAACACUUUACAGUAACAAUAAGAAUUCCCCAGCUUAUACUGUAUAGAGUACUCUAUACUGUAUGUUUGAAGUGGGAGCUCUCCUUCUGCUUGCUGUCCCUGCUGAUCACUAUGGGCACGGAGGAUGCAUUAUUUAAUUUCAGAUCCCAGGGGCCUCACUCUCUCCUGUGCAACCUCAGAGUCCACCAGGAUGCUUCUCAAGAUGCUCCAGUCCUUUGCCCACAUAUAAAAUCUACAUUUGGUUUAUAAUAUUUGUAUUAGGUAUUCUAAUAUUCUAUAUAGCAUGUUGCAUGUCAUUUCUUUUUAUAACUGGCUUCUGUGUGCGUGUGUUCUAAACAAUUUCCACUUUGCUGAAAUUAAAUGGAGAGACUCUGUACUUAAAGCAGUCCUGCACAACAUGUGGAUCGCAAAGCUGCUUACGGCCCACCAAAUUAUUUUGGGCGGCCCGUGAGGUCUCAGGCCAGUGCUACCAUGAGGCAUUAGGGCUCACCGGCUUGGGAGCGCAGAAUCCGUUUGACCAGAAGCAUAGCGCUCUCCUCCUGUCAGUCACAGCAUCUAGUGUGGCCGAGCCAUGGACCAGGGUAGAGGAGCUCCUGUAACCUCUCCCCGGUCUAACCAGAAGUGCUCACUGAGAAAAGGCCGUGUUUACAUGGCUGCUUAAGUCCACCUAUAGUGGCUGUCACCCGAACAACCACUAGCAGGACUUCCUAGACCAGGUCCUGCAAAGUUUGCAGGGCUGCUGUUCAUCGUCCCCACGCUCUGUGAGAUGUAUGUGUACCACAGUUAUCGCUAGCAACGGGUGUGGGAAUUGACCAAAAUUGACAGACUACCAUCUUUUAGCAACCUUGGGCCUUUCCUUAGGACAAAGUAGUCCCAAGUCCUGAACUAGUAGUUUUCCGUACUUGUAGGAUGGGGAAGUGUCUACAAAUUGGGCAAAAUAAUGAAGAGCCGAGGAGAAGCGCAAGCGGUCCCGUGGUGAGUGUUCCAGAAGUGUAACACUUACCUCUGCAAGGAGAUUGCGGCAGGGGCAAGGAGCGUCAGGUAAUUGGUGACACCUUCCCUUUAACUGAUGCUCUGAAUUAUGAUAUUGCAAAGCCUGUUGGUUAAAUACAUUCUAUUCACUAUCAGUCCUUUUUGUAUGAUGACCUGAGAUUGUUUUAUCUUGUAGUUGAUACGAUACAAUACAAUACGAACCUUAUGAGGUGAGGAAAAUUUGGGUAUUUUUUUUUCUUUUUCUCAUGAAUGUAAAUCUUACAUUCCGCAUUGGAGUGACUGAGGAAUACCAGAGCGGAAAUAUAGUGUUUGUUUCAGGGUGGCUGUGCAAGGAUAGAAGUACAGGAUGUUAUUCGGUCACAAGUGUAAUUGGAUCUCUGACUGCUCUGCACAGGGUUAUCCCUUAACAUGUUAUUGUUGGGUGUCCUCGUGCAACCAUUGUUAUAGUGUAUGAAUUCCCAUCUAUGUGUAUUUGUUUUUUUUAUAUAUCCUUUGCAUUUUGCAGUUGUUGCUUUUAGUGAUAACUUUGUUUUACUAAAUCUUUCUGAAGCAUAAACUUUUUUUUUUUUUUUGCUAAAUCGGCUCCCAUGAUGCACUGCUUAUUUAUGGAGCUAAAGGCUGGUUGAGUGGUAUAGCCCCAUGCUUGUUUUAUACCAUUAUUAAAAUAGGUGUUCAUCAGUACACUGCUUUAUUCAACUGUUGUAGUUUUAAAUCUGCAUACUUGGGCAUUUUUAAAAUGUAUUUAUUAAACUUAAUCCUGUCCCCCUUCUGCUUUUAAUAAAAGGGUCUAAAUAUCACUAAAUUAAAGUUGUUGCUCUUUUAAAAAUUAUUUUGUGGUGGUUCCACAAGGAUUAAAAAAAGCUAGAGAAUUAGACUUGUGUACAGAAUAGUCUUUAAAAAAUUUGGUGGUGAUGCUUGAAAUCUGCAACAUCAGUAAUGAGUAAUCUUAUAACAAGAAAAAGGAAACUCAAAAGGCUGGAAAGUGGGAGGGGAGGAAAAGACACUCCCGUAUCCCAAUGAGUAAUCUUAGUUUGUGUGUACCUGGUGAUGUCACAUCCUUGGCAGAGUACCGAUGAGCAGAACAAGUACCUCUAGGCAUUUCACACAUUGCAAUCAUUAGCCCUGCAAAUAAUGUAAUGCUUCUAGUAAGUAGCCUGAAUUAAAGGUGUAGAAUUAUCAUAAAGAAACGCUGCAUGGAAAGCAACACUAUUCGUAACUGGGAAGAAAUAUUUUCGAAUUGUGUGAUUACGUUUAGUAUGGUGAAUUUAUAUCUUGGACUUAAUUUUUUAGAUUCUCAACAGACCAUAGCAACUUCCUCUUAAGAAAUUAUGGUUUCUUGCAAGUACUCAGCACCGUCUUACUUUUAAGUGUUAAAUUGUUCUUGUGCGUCUUAACUUUCCAGAACUGGAAAACGAGGUCUUUGCACUGUCUGUAAAUAAUUUCAUAUAUAUUUAGUGGAGCCUUAAGAGAGAUCGGUGGUCUUCUGUUUAUUUAAUUAUAAACUAGGGAUUGUGUACUGCUGUGUAUACACUGCUAGUGCAUGGCAAACCAAUGUUGUUUAUAGGGAAGCCCUGGGAGGCCGGCCCAAAAAUCUGUACUUCUAUUUCACCAUAUGUUUGAACCUCUAUUAACUGUUGCAAAAUAAUGGAGACUAUAUAAUCACGGGUAGAGAUGUCGCGAACUGUCCACGAACUUCUCGCGAACGGUUCGUGGCGAACUCCGGUCAGCUGACACAUCCCGGCCAAUCUACAGCAGACCCUCCCUCCCAGACCCUCCUACUUCCUGGACAGCAUCCAUGUUGAAGGCAGCUUCAACAUGAUUGCUGUCCAGGAGGUGGGAGGGUCUGGGAGGGAGGGUCUGCUGGACAUUGGCCGGGAUGUGUCAGCUGACUGGAGUUCGCCGCGAACGGUUCAUGGUGAACCGCGGCAAACACUUCGCGAGAAGUUCGCGGACGGUUCGCGACAUCUCUAAUCACGGGUACUUCCCAGUGUUUCUGCAAAGAAGGUAUAAAUACAUUAAAAUUAAUUUUCAUAAAAGAAAACUGACAUUUCGUUUUACAGGGUAUAAAAAAAACCCAGAGCUUUUACAAAGCCCCUCAAAAUGGUGCAAAUGCGGGGUUUGGCUCCCAAAUAGAAAAUUGUGCACCUAAGAUGACUUUUGGAAUAUAUGCAUUAUAUUGACCAAAUAGCGAUGGUAUUGGACCACAUUUUGGAAAAUCUGCAAGAAGCCUAAUUUUUGCAGAGUUUCUAAUUACCUUUCCCUAAAACCCCAAUCUGGUUAAUGUUAUUACUCCGUUGAUCUGUUACCUCUCUUCCUCUCAGGUUUAUGUGCCCAUUCAUGCAUGCAUGGGUUUAAAUAGCUUGAAGAAUGUGACUUUUUGUGCAGUACAUAGAAAAGAAACUCUGUACAGUUUACGUUUAUGCUGAAUGCAUCUGUCUGUAACCUGAGGAAGGUCUGCGCCUAGGCGUUUGUUCUUUCAGCUGGAGCCAUAGAGCCAGUCGGGUUACUCAAUCAGUGCGUGUAUGAGGCUAGACAUUAAUUUCAGACAUUUAUAAAGCACCAACCUAUUCCACAGCGCUCUACAAUUGUGGAAAAAGACAGUGCAAUAUAAACCGACCAAUACAAAAGGUAAAGAGGGCCCUGCCAGUGAGCGGAGAUAUAGCCCUUGAAGAUAUUUUAUACAGAGUACUUUGCUAGAUGGCCUGUGAGCUUACAAUCUAAAUCUUUAGCCUCUGGGAAAACCCUUCUUGCCCCCUCCCAGAUGACGCAGAGGUUGGUGUGGAAGAGCUUCAUGUCGACUCCAAGAGUCAUAAUGGCAGAUUAUGACCAUUUACAGCUACUGUGUAUUUACGUAACAAAAUAAUAUACACCAAGGCGAUCAUAUAUGUAAUAAUAUUUUUUUCUAUUUAUGCUUACAGCAAAAUGUAGUUUUUCCUUUAACUUUUAUUGCUUUAUCUUACCUGGGCCUGACUUGUCAUAUUGACGAGUUGUGUCCCCCCCUUUUAUUCCUGAUAACUGCAUUUUAAUACUUUGGCAAUAAGACAGGUGCACAUUUUAUAAAUGAAGUGGAGUAAUUCCAUAGGACACCUGAUUGCAACUGUACACUGCUCAACUCUGCCUUCGCUAGCAUAUCUGGAAACUAGGCACAUGCUUGGCAGGUUUAUAGUCGCCCCUUUAACGUUUCCCGAGUUGAAUUAAUUUGAGCAGAGGGAGAUCUGAUUUUUGAGUUCAUUAGCCUUCAUUGUAUAUCUGCAGUGAUUGCCCCUUCGUUAUUGUUAUUGCCCCUGCAUUAUUGAGAAGACGCAUUUUGGGAGUGUGUAUUGAUGAAUGUAUUUAAAGGCUAUGUUGUGAGAUGGUGUCACUUGUGUACUUCAUAUAUGCUUACACCUCUACCUGUUUACUGUACAGCAUGAAAUAAGUGUCUAGAUAGAAUGUAAGCUAAUAAUAAGCUUUUCAAAUGAUUCAACACUAAAAUAAUUUGUUUCCAAUUUAUUUUUCGACAAAGAAAACGCCAUAUACUUUAUCGGUUACUUCUAUAGAUAAAAAAAAUAAAUUGGAAAAACCGUGUUAAAUAAUUUUCAAAGUGUUUAAAAAAAAAAAAAAAAAAUGUAUUUUUGUUUUUUAAAUUGAGUCCAUAAUUACCUUGUUAUGCCACUAACUAUCAAUAGGGAUGCUGAAAAGGUAACCAAUGGGUUAAAUCUUGUGUGCACUGGCACAGCAUUAGAAUUAUUAGAAAUCACCAAUGAAAGUAUACCUAGUUCAAUCGUAAAAAAAAAUUUAAACAUUUCAUGUGCAUUAUUUAGAUAUACUGAAGGCAUCAAAACUACUUUUGCUUAAAGGGACACCUCAUUGAAGUGGUCUGGGUGCAAUGUCCAUAUCCCACCUAGUCCUGCAAUGUACAUCAUUGCAGUUUUUGAUAAACUGCAAUAAUUACCUUGUAGGACUAGAUGGCCUCUAGUGGCUGUCAGACAGCCACUAGACUCUACUUCCUGGAUGAUGGCAGACUCCGAAUCCCCUAAAUGACGCUGAACAUCAUCACGCUCUGCAUGAGAGCAUCCAACUUCGGUGAAAUCGCCAUAGGAAAACAUUGCUUACUGCGCAUACGCAUUAGCCCCCCUCCACCUGACACUGAAUCAUUAACAGAACAGGAGUUAAGAAAAUCAAAAUUAAAUGUGCAAUAAAGGAAGUUUACAUGAGAUGUCUCUUUGCAGGAAGUGUUUAGAAAGGCUGUGUAAGUCACAUACAGGGAGGUGUGGCUAGGGCUGCAUAAACCAAUAUUAAACCAAUUAAAUGAUUAAGCAUACUGAUGCAAUGACAUGCAGUGGUUAUGGUUUGAAAAUAAGGUCUCUGGUUUCAAGCAGAAGCACUGCACAUGCAGAUUUCCAUGGAGUUCCUCAGUGAACACUUCAACAAGCAGACUUGGUCAUGGACAUUGGAAGAACCCUUUAAAUCUGACAGUAUGUUCUUAUUGUAAACGGAGACUUUUAUACUCUAAUUUCAACUAAAUAUUAUCUGUUGAAAGGCCAUGCGCGGAUAGCUUGAAGGUCAGUCGUGUAACAAAGUCCCCCAUUAUGCUAGUUGCUAUAUUCCUCAUUGAACGGGUGUAUUUGCCUUCUAUAUAUAGCUAGCCAAAAGACUGCACAACAAACUAGACCUUGACAUAUUGCCAUCCUAGUCUAAUGUGCUCUAACGGUACCAGUAACAUGGAUUAUUUCAUAUACAUUAUACUUUUUCACUCUGCAAAAUCUGUUGACCUGUCCCUUGACUCACUUUUUUAGUUCUUUCUAAUCAAAAAAAAAUAUUAGUGAGACUUUAACAAAAUAACCCAAACAAUCAGAUUUGACAUCUGUAAAAUCUUUUCAGCAUUGUGCAAUUGUUAAAAUUCAUUUAACCCUCAAUAUCCAUGCAAGGUGCGGGUCAUCGCUGAUCAUAGAAAGGCAUAUAAAGGGUUAGGUUAAAUCCAUUAAUUAGUAACCAGUUCUUUUAAAACAAAACAAUGCAAUCAGGUCUGUUCUUUUCAGAAAAAACUACUGCUUAUAGGACUUUUUAUUUUUUAACAUUUAUAAUUAUUUUAUUUAGUUAUUUUGAUGGCAACACAUGCAUAUGCUUCAUCCUUUCAGUCUGAAUGUCUAUGUAGAUCUUAUUUCUUGCUUUGUUUUGUUCUGCACAACUGUGACAUCUCCCCCUCUCCUCCCUUCUCGUGGCACCACCCUCUUCUAAUCAUAUGCUUUAGUUGCCACGACAACAGUCUCUCCGGUUUGUGGAAGUGUGGCGAUGGCUGAUCCACACUUGCAGCUCACAGGCAAACAGAUCUCCAUGUGGAAGUAUCUUUGCCUGUGAUCAAAACAUGGGGGGGUUCCGAAUAACCCCAAGAUAGAAAGGGUGAUAAAAUUGCAGUGCUUUUUGCAGAUAAUUUUAGAAUUGCGCAUUUUAAGAUACUUGGUUUAGGAUGCAGAAAUUGGUUGCUGUUCAGAUAUGUAUUUUUGAAAAAAAAAUUGAAUUUUUUUUUUUUUUUUUAUGGGAUUUAUCAUUAUACAGAGAAUUGUCUAUUUAAACAAUCCCUUCAGUGUGUUUGUUCCUUAUGUUCCUCCAUUAUAUGCAUAUAACUUUCUGUGCUGUGUAGGGUUGCCACCCUUCUUGGAACAAACUACCAGCCAUGCUAAUUUGCAUCAUUAUAGAUCACGGGAACCUGGCAUCAAAGGGAGUGACAUAAGAUAAUGACAAAAAAUACACUUAAAAGUAAAAAAACUCUAAAUCACUAAAAAAACAAACAACAACAAAAUUCUUAGAAUAUGAUUUUUCUAUACAGAGGGAUUGCAGUGCAGUUUAGGCAGAGUUCAUAAUGGUAAUCUUACCAGCAUGACAGCUAACAUCCUUUUCCAGGUGCAAUUUUGAUCUCUCCAGUUCUUUUUAUGUAGAGCCUGGACAUCUAUUGUCAAACAAGGGCCUCCUCUGGUGCAUUUAGCAAGGGCCACCUUCCUAGAGUUCCUGGUCUUUUUGUGAGCAGGGGACACUUUCCUUGAGUGGAUGCAAGGGGACACUUUCAAGGAUGCUUGGGUAUUUAUUGCUGAGCAAUAGACACUUUCUGGGGUUUCCUGAGUGGCUAUUGGUGAGAAGGGGCACUUUCCCAUGUGUGAGCCUGGACAGUGAGCCUGUUUCUUGGCAAGUGGCUUUGAACUAUGAAGGGGUACGGGGAGAAACCUAAGAAACAUGCAAAACGAUUUGCUUAGUUACACAAAAUGUGUUUUUAAUCUAAAAUAACUGUGCUUUGUUAAAAGCUAUUUGCCUAAAAUUAUUUUUGAAUACCCUUUUUGUUAGGUCAAGAUUUCAUUAAUGGGACUCUAAAGGCACCCACUGAAUUGGUUUGGGUGCCAUGUCCCUGCAGUUUACAUUGCACGGUUAAACACAUUGCGCUUCUUCCUCAAUAGCACAGUUCAAUUCCUAGAGACCCUUUCAUUGACACAGUGCUGUUUUGCCAUGCAUGCGUACUAGCCUCCCACAGUUUCCCUAUGAGGAAACAUUCGACUGGCUGAUCUAUAGGUAGAGCGUCAGGAAAGAUACUGGUGCUGAAAGGCAAGUAACUUGCCUUUCAAACCCUCACGCAGUGGGGACAUGCACUAAAAUAGCUAGAAUAAAAGUGUUGGCAAUUCAUGUGUGUAUACUUAACUCUAUACUGUUCUUUUAAGCUUAGGGCAGCACAUUGAUGACAUUCCCGAGUCUUCUUGAGAUUAGUGGGAGUUACAUUUCUGAGCAGUAGCCCCUCUCCCAAUUGCGACGUGGUGGGAUGAGAAAUAAAUAAAAACAUAUUGGCCACCCAGCUUCUGUAACUGAAUAUCAGCAGUAGGACAAGACCUGAAAUAAUGGUGGAAAAUAUCAGCUGUUGACCAGAAGUGUAACUAGGGUUGCAACUUUCUUAUAAAAAGUACCAGCCAUGGUAAUUUUCAUAAUUUAAUUAUAUAUGCGUGACAUCACAGGGAGCAGCAUAAGGUAAUGACAAAAAAUGCAUUGGGAAAAUUCACUAAAUCACAAAUAAACUUCUUACAAUAUUUUUGCAAUGCAAUUUAGGCAGACUCAACAGUGAUAGUCUUACCGUCAUAAAGGGGAAAAUGCUUCCCCAGUUGUAAUUUUGAUCUUUCCACUUCUUUUCCUGUGGAACCUGGACAUCUUAAUGGAAAGCAGAGACCACUUUCCCACAUAAUGGCAAACAAUGGCCACAUCUCUAAAUCUCCCCUCCCCAAAAAAAAAACUACUUCCAGUAUAAAAAAAAUUUCUAUGCAGAGGGAAGGCAGUUUAGGGAUGCUCUACUAAGAAGCCUUCCUUCCUGUGUGCUCGCUCAAUGGACCCAGUGGCUCUCUGCAUCACAGCAUUUCCCUCUGCAGACAGCGCAUUCAUGAAUUGUGCAUGGAGUGCAGCAACUGAAAGGGGAUUGCUCCAGAUCUUUGCCCAUUCAUCCUUCUCAUAUUACGGUGUUCAGCCUGAAGAGAUGGGGCCAUGCAGACAUCAAGGUUCCCUCAGCCAGAACAAAGUGAUCUUAGAGCCCCCACAGGGCCGGCAAAAGCACUUUUGCUAUUUCAGACAAAAAUGUAUUUAUUGCCCUUAUCAUGCCCCCCUCUCCCUUUAGAGACUUUUUCACACCUCGGAGUGUUUAUUUUUGGUGGGGAUUAAAUAUAGUGGAUAGAAGUCUGUGCAUGUGUGUGUGUACUUGCAGCUGUGUGUGGGGCUUUGUGUGUGUGUGAUUGGAGUUAUGGAAUGAGCUCUGUCUAUAUUAGUUGGGUGUACAUUUGAACUUGUGGGGGUAGGUGUGUGAGAUGUGUGUAGGCAAUUUUGUUAUUGUUAAAUAUGCAUUCUGUUUUUGUGUUGCUCACCUUUUGGACAUUACAACAGAUAUAUAGAUGGUAAGAUUGAGAUCUCUCUCUCUCUCUCUCUCUACCUCUGGAUCUAUAUACAUCUCUCUCCUUUCUCUUUUAUCUCGUUGCUGGCACUGAUGUCUAACUUAAUAUAGAACACCAAAGACAGACACUUAUUUACAGAACCAAAAGGACAGAGAAGAAGCCCAAAAACCCUACUUGCAUAAACUCAAAGGGAUACACUUACACAUAGAUAUGUAUAUAAAUAUUAAUACACACAUUAUUACAAAUAUAUAUUAUGUCCACAUUACACAAAAACAUUGACACAUUUACAGAUAUAUUUACAUGCUCACAGAUAAUACACACAUAGAUACAUGCUCUGAUAUAGUUACAGAUAACACAGUAACAUAUAUACACACAUGCCUCUAGUAACCGGUAUACACACAUACAGCGAAAGGUUUACACUUUCAGACACGUGUAUAUAAACUUACAGCCAUAUAAAUAGAAUAUCAGGAACAAUGUCUUGAUGAGCAAAAAAAAUGAAAUUUUAAACAACGCCCUUCUCUUACUUCUAAGGUCUGUAAGAUAGGAGGUGGCCGUUUCACUCUUCAGUAUAGUGGUACCUCGGUUUACAAAUUUAAUACGUUCUCCGGGACUCUUCUUAUUGCGAAAAAUUUGUAAACCGAAACGCGGUUUCCCAUAGGAAUGCAUUGCAGACCAAUUAUUCCGUUCUGCAGGUCAGAAAAAGUCAAAAUGAGCUGGCAUGGAAACCAACCCACAAUGCAGAACACACUGUAAAAGGCAUGCAAACAACGAAGCUCAGCUCCCUACCUUUCCACUGCUUGAGAAAUGCACCAAAAGAGUUCCAAAAAGACCCAAAACCACUGCAAAAAAAUUCCAGAAUGGCUCCAAAACUCGAUGCAUAAGCCGAUCCAACACUUCCACACUCGACGCCACGUGCCAAUGCAUCCUGGAGAAACUUACUUUCUAUUGUGAAAACAAAUUGUAAACGAGGCAUUAUUUUCUAUGGAUUUUCAUUUGUAAACCGAAAAUUAUGUUAACCGAGGCGUUUGUAAACCGAGGUCCCACUGUAGUUGUUACUCUGAUUAUUCCUAAACUCGCAUCUGUGGAGUGUGUAUUUGGGCUGCUAAGUGCUGCUAGGUAAUAAGAGGGUGAAAUCCCCUCACCUCUGAUUUGUAUUGCUAAUGCCGCAUGAAAGAAAGAUCAACUCGGCAUUGGUAGGUGGGCCGUUUAGUAUGCAUACAUCAGAAGUGAACGCAGAUGACUUUGCAUCUUAGAAAUCACAAAUGGAAAAGAUAAAGCAAUGUAUACAUUGGCUAUCUUUAUCCUUUGAAUCUCUUUCAACUUAACGUUUUUACGCAUUGCUGCAAAUGUAAAAAUACUUGUGAGGCCAAUAAGAAACAAAAUGGUCAUGUGUUGCAAUUAUCCAAUUAUCGGCUGCCCUUUUUAAUACCCCAUGUGCCACACAAAUUAUUUCCCCUUCACAUUUUUUUAGAUUGUAAGCUCAUGGGGCUGCUUUGCAAGGAACUUUUUUUUAUAAAAGUGCGAAAAUUACUGGAAAUAUUUUUUGUGUAUGCAUAAUAAAAACAAAAGGCUCCCUCAGCCUUUUCCCACCUUUUUUGGAAAGAAAAUACUGGCUGUGCUAAUUUGGAAGAGGAAAGUUACAUACAGUGAUAUACAGACACAGACCGUGUCAUACAUAGUCACAGACAUACAGAUACAGUCCUAUAUAGACAUACAGUCAUACACACUCAGACUCAGGCAUACAAUUAAGAAAUAAGUAUAAAUAUACAACAAACAUUUAUUUUUAUGUCCCAAAGUGCUCCCAUCUUCAUUACUGGAAGGACUGCUCUCCCUCUAUAAACCCUGCAGAGACCUGGCUACUUACAAGUUUUAUCUCUGUGUUCUAUGGAGGGGGAGCAGGGGUGAACACUGCAGAGCUGUAAAAAGCUGCUCUGCCUGAUAACCAGUGCAGCACUCCUCACUGAGUGUGAGUGAGGAGUGCUGCUCUGCCUGAUAACCAGUGCAGCACUCCUCACUGAGUGAGAGUGAGGAGAUGAAGGGGGCAGAGCUAAAUAUUGAUCUGAGAGGAUCUCCUAGAUCUGCAACUAUGUAUCUCUCCUACUCUGCCUGAGUAUUUCUCCCCACUCUGCUCUGCCAUGGAGCGUGGAGAGAGAUACAUGCAGCGCUGGGAGGGCCUCUUAGUUCCAGUAGACUGGCCCCUGCAUUGCUGGUAUUCCUGCAAUACCAGCACUGGUCACACAGCCCCAAAUACCGGUCAGGUGGCAACCCUAAGGUGCUGCCUUAGUGACCAAAAUGUAUACAUAAUACAGAUUAAGGAUUAAUACGCUCAUAAAAUACAUUUCUAGGUUAAAAUCUACAUAUUGUGUGACACAUAUAUUCUCUGUAAAUUGAACUUUAAUCAUACACAGGAGGCUCCUUUUAUACGCUAUUAACAUAGCAGGAGAUGAGAAAUUCUAAAUGAAACAAAAUUUACAAUAAAGGAAGUGUAAACAUUGGAUCUCUCUCUACAUGAAGUGUUUAUGAUACAUGAAGUCACAUGCAGGGAGGUGUGCCUAGGGCUGCAUAAACAAAGUGAUUUAACUCCUUAAUGGUAGAGAAUUGAGCAGUGAGACUGCAGGGGCAUGAUCUAUACACCAAAACUGCUUCAAUAAGAUAAAGUUGUUUUGGUGACUAUACGGUCCCUUUUAAUAUACAUGUUUAAAGUAACUCAUUAUGGAUGUUUUAUUCAACAGUGUAAAUUCCAGAGAUGUGUUGGUUCCCCUUCAUUAAUUCCAUUUUCCCAGAAAGGCACAGAUUUAAAAGCCUAAAAUCUGACCUGUUGCACAAAGUCACAAAAUAUAUUUUUAUUUUUUGUUUCCCUGUUGUAGGUCAUUGUUAAACAAAUGGAUGCAAUCACAAGCAGGAGUUUUAAAAGAAAAUUUGAAGAGGUAGAUGUGAGUUCACCCAUCUCUACACCGAAAGACUCCGAUGAUGAGAUCUCAAAUAGUGACAGUGCUGAGAGUUGUGACAGCAUCAACGCUCCCACUUCCACUGGAUUCAUACGUAAGUAGGACUCCACUAUUUAAAAUUUAUGAGAACGGGAAGUCUCCGCUAAAGCAUAAUUAUAUAGGUAUUAGAAUUGAGUUUAUUAUGCAGAAACACUUAAAGGUGCACUCCAUCCUAGAACUGACCCAAUUUGUAUGCAUUCUAUUAAGUUUUUUUUAUUUUUAUUUUUUUUAUAAAAAGUAUGCAAAACAACCAAACCAAAUUAAUAAAAAUUAUACUGCCAUUUAUUUGUGUGUGCGCAGUUCUAGGCAGUUUUGCCUUGAAAACUGCCAAAUGAAGUAUUUAUACCUAUUCGUACCCUACAUGUUGCUCAAAGAAAGAUCUAUGCAGCCUGUUUUGGUACAAGCAGGAGCUGUUAUUGUAGUUGUUAGUCUGAUUUUGCAGGCUGUUAGCUGAACUUUAAAUCCUGAAAGCUUUUUGAUAUGCUUCUUAAACAGGUAGCAGUCACAUAUUAAUCACAUUACAUCACAUAUUCAUGUAUUUUCACCAACAAGGACGUGUUUUAGAAUGUGGAGGUUGGACAGAGCAAGCAGUUCAAGGAAAAACACAAACAAUUUAGUAUAUUCCCCUAAUGGUAACAUUCGUAUGUAAAUAUUUAAAAAAAAUUUUUUUUUUUAUUAUAUAUAAAGGUUUAAGGAUCACUAUAGGGUCAUUAACACAAACCUGUAUUCCUGACCCUAUAGUGAAAACCCACCAUUUAGGUGGCUUGCCUCCUCCCCUUAGCCCCCUCAGAAUGGGUUAAAACUCCCCUUACUUUCAGCUCCCCACGGGUCUGCUGGCGCUGGCCCUGCCCCCUUGGUGACAUCAUCAAAAUUGCCCAUGGUGAUUGGAUUGGCUAAAAUCUGCAAGGGGGCAGGGCCAAACACAGUUUUGGCAAAUCAGCACCUCCUCAUAGAGAUGCAUUGAAUCAAUGCAUGUCUGUGAGGAAAAUUCAGCGUCCCCAUGAAAAGGCAGUGUUUACAUGAAAAUGCCUGAAGGGAGCUACUAUACUCACCAGAACAACUACAUUAAGCUGUAGUUGUUCUGGUGACUAUAGUGUCCCUUUAAAGGACCACAAUAGGCACCCAGACCACUUCAGCUUAAUGAAGUGGUCUGGGUGCCAGGUCCUUCUAGGAUUAACCCUUUCUGCUGUAAACAUAGCAGAUUGACAGCCGCAAGAGGUGCUUCUCACUGUGAUUGGCUGUCGAGUCAGAAUUCUUAAUCUACUGUAUUAAAGCUUAUUGAGCAGUAUUUCACAGGGAGGCACUCUAGACAAAUUCCUGCCUUUUGAGUUUCACUCCAUGAAGCUAGACUUACAGUCCCAGCUGUCUAACAGUCAGGGAGAUUUGACUGUGUUUAAAUUAUAAAAGUGCCAAUUUGUAUCGAAUUCAGCACUUUUCUAUACUGGGAAACAUUCGCACAUACCUGAGAGUACAACACUGAUAUCUAUGGAUUAUGGACAAACAAGGUCGUCUUCUUGUUUGAAAAAUCUUGUUCCAGGAUAUGCUUGGGUUAGUUUUUCUUAGGUCUAUUCACUUAUGCAUAGAACUUAAUAUUCCUCUGUUUAGCUGUAGCAUUGAGUAGUCAACAUUUAAUACAAAGCAGUUUGGUUUGUACUCCCUGAUCUUCACCCAAACGAUAGGAAGAAUUUGAUUAUCCAGUUAUGGAACUGGGACUUCUAGAUCAAACAGCAUGAAGGGUUUCAUUGGACAAACUUGGACAGAACAGUAAACUUUGGUUUCCUUUUCUUUCUUGGGAAUUCCAGUCUAACCUAUAGUUUCCUCCUGGUUCCCUAUUUCCCAAGAUCCUAUAGGAUGGAAAAGGUGAGAAUGAUAGUCUUCCUCCCUUGGUGGCAAGUAGCUGUUUCACCAUUCAUCUAAAAUUAUCCGGAGGAAUCUUUGGGUACGUUACCUGUAAAUAGGCAUCCUGGAAUUCUCAAGGGUACCUCUUCUCAACUUUGUAGUAAUUCAAGCUGAUGACCUGGUUUAUGUAUACCAGAUACUGAAGGAUAAUGUUUUGUCUCAGGAAAUUAUUGACAAUUUCUUUUACUAUAAAUGGAUCUUGUUCCAAGAUUUAUUCCAAGUAUGGAAGGUGUUGUUUUUUAAGAUAUUGGUUCAAAGAAAAGCUUUGCAGAUGGUUUAACUUUUUGAGAUCCUCAAGGUCAAAUUUUGGUUAUCAGUUGAUUUUCAGAGGUUUGUCUCCAAAUCACCAGUAUCUGCUAGGCUCUUUCAAGGUUAGUUCCUAUCUUCAGGGAAUCUUUUCCGCAGGGGAUCUUCUUUUGGGGUUUUUAACUCUGCUGAUUUGAGUCUUCACUCUAGGUCUUUGGGGGUAGUCGUCCAAAAUAUUUUAGGGAAGAACUUAAAGUUCAAGUUUCCAUUUUCAGCAGGAGAAAGUGGAGUUAAGUUGUAUUCUUUAAUUCUUCACAAUCUUCCAUCUAUCUUUAUUUUUCUAACUUUUACCAACAGCGUUCUAAGGUCUUGGAAUUCUAAUUCCACUGCCUGGGUGUUUAGUUCUCGUCUACAGUACCUUAAAGGUCUGCAUUCGUUUGGGUUUUUUCUUAUCUAACACCUAUCUCCAUUGAAGCUCCUUCGAUCACAGUUAUGUUCAGAUCGGGUGCCUGAGGGCUUCUGCUAUACAUUCUCUCGAUUUCCUAACAGCCACGAGGUGAUCUCUUCACUCAAUUUGGUCUGUUGAUAUUGGAAGAUACAACUUUGGUCGCAGGUUUUUUGCAGUGAGAAUUGAGUCCCGCACCAAGGGAUUGCUUUUGGAUAUCCCAGUUGUAAAGCACUGCCUCUAAUCUGAAGGGAAAAACUAAAUUAUUUUACUUGCCGUAAAUUUAUUUUUCCAGAAGAUUAGAGGCAGUGCUCACUCCCCCAAACUUUUUAAUAGUCUGAGUGGUAUGGUUAUUCGGCUUUUGUAAUUUCUGGGGAUGUCGAAACUGCUGUGACCAAAGUAUCCAACGAUUUAAUUGCUGCUAAAUCUCGCGGCCAAUACUCUAUCCCAAUCCUCCUUGAUCUUUCUGCCGCCUUUGACACUGUUGAUCAUCAACAACUCCUUCACAUUCUCCGUAACUUUGGUCUACGGGACACUGAUCUCUCCUGGUGCUCCUCCUACCUCUCCCAGCGCUCUUUCAGUGUUUCUUUCUCUGGCUCUGCCUCUUCUCCCCAACCCCUCUCUGUCGGCGUACCCCAAGGUUCUGUCCUCGGCCCCCUACUGUUCUCUAUCUAUACUGCCUCCCUUUGUAAACUCAUCAGCUCCAAUACCAUUUAUAUGCAGAUGACACGCAAAUCUACCUGUCCUCCCCUGAUCUCUCUCUGCCUACCUUGACUCGUGUUUGCCUGCCUCUCUGCUAUUUCCAACUGGAUGGCUGCUCACUUCCUUAACAUCAACCUGUCCAAAACAGAACUUCUAGUUUUUCCUCCCUCAAGUGCUGCUACCCCUGUGUCUGUCUCCAUCCAAGUCUACGGCGCUACUAUCACCUCUACCUCCCAGGCUCGCUGCCUAGGGGUUCUUUUUGAUUCUGAUCUCUUUUACUCCCCAUGUCCAAUCGAUAGCCAAAUCCUGUCGCUUCCAACUCAAGAACAUAGCGUGCAUCCGCCCAUAUCGAACGCCGGACGCGGCUAAGGUACUGGUUCAUGCUGUUGUUCUCUCUUGCCUUGACUAUUGCAAUCCCUUUCUCACCGGUCUUGCAUGUUCCCAGCUUGCACCGCUGCAAUCUAUAAUGAAUGCAGCUGCGAGGCUUAUUUUCCUGUCCGGUCUCACCUCCCACGCCUCCACGCUCUGUCAGUCCCUGCAUUGGCUUCCAGUUAGAUAUAGGGCCCAAUUCAAAAUUCUGGGGCUUGCUCAGCCUCCACUCCUUCAAAAAAUCUUUGAAAACUCACUUCUUCAUUAAAGCGUAUCAAUUAAACUGUCAGCAGGUUUCUCAUCCCCAGUCCCAUGAUUCCGUUCCUGCAACUGUCAAAAAUGACCUACCAAGCACUCAAUAAACCCUUCUGUAACAAACUAUUUCAUUCCCCUGCUUUAACCCUUUGUGUCACUAUACCCCACUCCCUCUAGCAUGUAAGCUCAUCGAGCAGGGCUCUCAACCCCCUCUGUUCCUGUACGUCAGUGGUCUGAUCUCAAUUAUGUGUCUGUUAGUCCACCCAUUGUACAGCGCUACGGAAUUUGUUGGCGCUAUAUAAAAAAUUAUAAUAAUGUCUUUGGUAGGAAGCAAUUUAUAAGGCCAACGUUUAAUUGGGGAGGUUUUUGAAAAGUUUGGGAGAUUGCCUGCCUGUUUUUUCCCUCCAGGUGAUGAAAUCCCAGUUGUAAAGCACUGCCUCUAAUCUUCUGGAAAAAGAAAUUCUACUCUGCAACACAGCAUAGUAGACCAUUAAAAAAAAAUGCAUGUAGUAUAAGAGGGAGAUUUAUAGGCAAGAACAUUAGCUGUUCUGGAGCAAAGCGUUAAAUUCAGAGCACUCACCAUGAAAACUAAUAAAAUUUCUCAAAUUGCAGAGUGGUGUUUCCCUAAAUAUUGUUGGCACAUAUAUAAAAUCUGUCAUUUUCCCUGUAAAGUAAUAUUUCAUGUAUACCUUUUUUUUAGUUUUUUUUUUUUUUGUCUAGAAAUUUGCCUAGUACAAUGCAUAGAUUAUAAUUUACCUACUACUGCAGUUUUGCUUUGAGUUUGGCUUUUAGUUACAUACGUUCUGUUCGCUUUAAUCACUGACCUUACAUUGAGUAUAGACAUUAGUCUUGAACCUGAAACGGGUUCAUUAUGUUGCAGAUGUAAAAUGUCAAUUUGGAGUUACAUCACGGACUAUUUUGGGAUCCUCGACUCAAAACCCCUGUUUGAUCUACAUCCAGGUGUGGAUCACUGAAUUUGCCUGUUCCAUAUCGCUAAAUAUGAUUGUUACCUCUUCUUCUGUGAUUAAAAGGAGAGGUUGUAAAUCCUGCUGCAUGCAGACAUAGCAAUUAUCUAUUGCAGGCGGCCCCACCUGAAUCCAGAGUAUCUAUUUGCGGAGUUAUGAGCCUCCCCAAACUACUCAUAUACUCCACCCUUGUUUGUCUGGAUUUAUAUAAAACAAUGUAUUCAUCAUAUUGCUGCCUGUCCUGUCAAAUUAGGAAUAGGGGGUAAAGCCAGUUUUGUGUAAAGCAAAACUGGCUUUACACAAAAAAUCUGACUAUUCUGAAACACUCUUUUCAGAUAAGAUUCCAUAACUAGGUACAAUGUAAAAUGACACUAUAGGCACUAUAAGUAUUUCAUCUCAUUGAAUUGGUUACUCUGUCUAUCCAUUCAAUAUUAAAAAAUUUCAAGCAGUUUAACACACAAUGUCCCUGGCCACCCACCCACUGCAUGACCCCCACUUUAGGUAUGGCUAAGACUGAUAUUAUCCACUUCUUUCUAAUCAUACCAAUUCAUACCAGUAAUAGGCACUGUGAUUGGCCAAGAGUGUCAGGUGACUGCUUUCAGCCUAUUGCUGCCACCCAAAGCGGCCUUAGGCUAAUGACUCUGGUUUAGCGUUGAACCAUUAGAUACUGUUUAAUACUGAAUGAAAGGAUGGCACCAGAGGACCAAGACCGUAUAACCAUUUUAGUAAGAAGAAGCCGCUACAGUUCCUACUGUGUCUCUUUAACUAGCUCCACUUCCCUGAAAAAUACAUAAUAUACAAUAGUUAUUUGAGCAUUAUACAAAUAUAUUCGUAGCCAAUACAAACCAUUGUCUGGAAAUCUAUCCAUAAACAGGGCUAUACAUCGGACACGAGGAAGAAAUGAGAUUUAGUGCCAGGCAGAGGAAAUGCUUUUUACAGUAAGAAUACAUAUGUGGAAUGCCCUGCCUGAAGAGUUGGUUGUAUCAGCCCAUACAGAUGUUUAAAUCGCAAUUGGGUAAAUACUUGUAAAAACAUAUUUUUAAUGUGUGGGGUAAUAGCCUGUUGAUCCAAGGAGAGAUCUGACUGGCAUUUUGUGGUCAAAGUUUUUUUCCUAGUUUGUUGUAAAUUUGGAAGUGCUUCAGACUGGGUUUUUUGUCUUCUUUGAGUUGAACAGCAAAAAAAAAAAAAAAAAGUGAGAGGCUGAACUUGGAUGCAUGUCUCCUAUCCACUAUGUAAUCCUGUAUUUACUGAGCAAUGCCCUAGAGUGGUCACAAUUGUUGGAGCUGAUAUUUCCAUAAUAUUCAGCUGUUUUAAUAAGCAGGUAGUCACAUGCUGAAGAUACCCAAUGCACCCAGGAAAGUAUGUACAUUUCCAUAGGAAAGAUUACCAUUAAAGUUUUCUUUAUACAUAAAUCUUAUUUUUUUUUCCCUUUCCAGCGACAUCCAUCCUAAAACGUCAAAAACAGCUGAGGCAGAAGAAUGUGCGUUUUGACCAAGUUACCGUAUACUACUUCUCCCGCCGGCAGGGCUUCACCAGUGUGCCCAGUCAAGGCGGCAGCUCUCUUGGAAUGGCGCAACACCACAACUCUGUGCGCAAGUAUACACUUUGUGAAUUUGCCCAGGAACAAGAGGUGACCCACCGUGAAAUCCUUCGUGAACACUUAAAGGAGGAGAAACUUCAUACACGCAAGAUGAAGGUAUCAUCACAAUCAAAGAUAACACAUGCAAAUGGGUGUCAUUAUUUUAUUCUCCUUAUCGUUCCAUUCCUAGAAUUCACUUAUUUGUUUAGUUUUCUAUAAAUCUGGCAUAGUUUGCUGUUUAGAUUAUUAGUUUAAUCCGAGAUGGUUGAUAAUCUCUGAUUUUUAGGAGCCAUGUGCUGCGUUCCUAUACCAUUUAAUCAAAGAUGCAGCAAUGUGAUGCACCCAGACAAUUUCACCUUGAAUUGUCUGGGUGCAGUACCCCUGUCCUUAUAACCCUGCAAUAUGUAAAGCAUUUCAGUUGAGUAUAGUAGCCACCAGAGGCGCCUCCACUGCACUGACAGAGUAAAAAUCUGCCACGUGAUGCGGAAGCCCCAAUGGGGACACAUUUUAUUUCUGCGGACUGGUACACUAUUGUGUUAGAAAUACAAACCUCUAUUCCUAAUGCUAUAAUGUUCCUAUAAUAUGUGGGCUACUGUCCAAAAUACAAAACAACUAGGGGACUUGCGCUUAAACGAACACUAUAGGGUCAGAAACACAACCUGUAUUCCUAUCCCAAUAGUGUUAAAAAGAUUGUUUAGCCACCCAGCUCCCAUGGCCCCCCUUUAAAAAAAAUAGAAGAUGUAGCUUUAUGCCAGCGCCGCACAGGUGUGCUGACGCUGUCUCUGCCACAACCCGCCUCCUUGGCGGAGAUAAUCAGAAUUGACCAUCUCAGCCAAUCUAAUGCUUUCCCAUAGGAAAGCAUUGGGAGGCUAUUGCGCAUGCGUAGCAAAACACUGCUCUGGCCAAUCAGCAUCUCCUCAUCAAUGAAUCCAUGCAUCUCUAUGGGGAAACUUAAAAUACUGGUCCAUGCAGAGCGUGGAGAUGCCAAACGUAAGAGCUGCACACUGCAGCACAGACUCAGGAAGCACCUCUAGUGGCAAAAUGCCUGCUUCUACUGACUAUACACACCAGAACAACUUCAUUAAGUGGUAGUUGUUCAGGUGACUAUAGUGUACCUUUUAACCAAAAAAGAAAAGGGGGGGUGGGGGAAUGGGUAACACAAACUUCGUAAAAUGUGUUAAAAAUAGUUGACUAGAAUUCAGUCCUUAGGGGUUAAUAGCCCAUCGAAUCUUAACAAAUUACUAUACCCCUUUUCUUGAUUUUACUAUUCACUAGAAACCCACUUAUUAUUUAACUUAAAUAUUAUGUAAUUUUAAACUUACCUUAUCAAACUUAAGACAAGGUCAUCCUCAAUCGUAUCCACAGCCCAUCUGACUUCAUGUUUUGUCAUCCAAGGUCCAAUAAAAUGCUCCUCUAUUAUAUAUUUUAAACUGAGGGAGGGGAAUCUGAAGUUUUUCCUUGCAGUCUCACUUCCAGCGCUGCGUGCAAGGGUAAAAGCUAAUGACAACUGUCGCUCGUGCACAGUGCAUACUGACUGGGAAACAUCAUUUUUAUACAUAACUCACACUCGCAUGUGCUGGUGUAGCAACUAACCUCUGGCACAAAACUGCAGAUAUUUUGUAUGUGCUCCACCAUGACCACUUCUAAAGCAGUUUCUAUGCUAGACUAGCAUUUCAGGUUCCUCUCCUUUGUCAGAAUCCUGAUGGUGGCCCUUUACAUAAUGUGCAGAAUAAAUGCUGCUUCAUCUUUUCCUUAAAGGGACACUAUGGUCACCAGAACAACUACAAGUUAAUCUUGUUGUUUUGGUGAGUAUAAUCAGUCCCUGGAGGCAUUUUCAUGUGAACAAUGCCUUUUCAGAGAAAAGGCAGUGUUUACAUUACUGCCUAGGGACACCUCCAGUCACGUUGUGCAGCACUGACGUUCAGCGUCUCUAAGCUCUGCAUAGAGAUGCUGAGCGUCCCUUAUAGAGAUGCAUUGAUUCAAUACAUCUCUAUUGGAAGAAGCUGAUUGGCCAGGGCAUCAGUUGGCUCCGCCUUGUCUCCAUGGAUGAGUUCAUUAGAAAUGACGAUCUUAGCCAAUCGAAUGCUUUCCCAUAGUAAAGCAUUGACUUAGCUGAGAUAGUCAGUUCUGACGAUCUCAGCCAAGGAGGCGUAUGGAGGCGGAGCCAGCGCCUGCAGAGGUUUUUCUCAUUGAAGGGGGCACCUAACAUGGGGAUUUAACCCCUUAAGGACCAAAUUUCUGGAAUAAAAGAGAAUCAUGACAUGUCACUUACAUGAGUCCAGCGCCAAUGUGCCUCGGCACUGGUUCGGGCAAUGAAUAUAUUGCCAAACUAAUUUUGUCCCUCACUGAAAUUCAUCAAUGGCAUGACAUCUGUGCUGAAACAGAAAUGUGUAAUAGACUUAAACGUAGUUAAAUUUAAUUUUGUUUCUGCCCUCUACACCCCUCUAUCACCAGCUGACCAAGAAUGGAACUGUAGAGUCUGAGGAGGCUGAAGGUCUAACCUUGGAGGACGUGUCUGAUGAGGAUAUAGAUGUGGACAAUGUGGAAGUGGAUGACUACUUCUUUCUCCAGCCACUACCUACCAAGAGACGCAGAGCCCUUCUUAGAGCUGCUGGGGUGCAUCGUAUAGAUGCUGAAGAAAAGCAGGAGCUGCGAGCGAUCCGCCUCUCAAGGGAGGAGUGCGGGUGUGACUGCCGCCUCUACUGUGAUCCAGAGGCUUGCCCUUGCAGUCAGGCAGGGAUCAAGUGUCAGGUAUAUCAAGAACUAUUUUAACUUUUUUAACUUUUGUAUUUUGUUUUGUAUUCAUCCCCACCUGCACUGAAUUAUUAGUUGGGGGAAAAAAAUCUAGCUUUUUCUUUAAGUGAACGGUGACAUUCUAGAACUCUUCCCAAAUAUACCCAUAACCCAUGUAGCAAUAUCCCUACUGCAUUUUGUUUCCUUUUGUCUUUAUUUCCUUGUUUUCCAUCCCAUUUUGAAAUUUUGACUCCCCUGGAGUUCUCACCAUCCUCAUUUAGAAAACACAUUCUGUGAAAACAUGUAAACCGUGCUGCAUCUUUGGACACCACUUCCCUUUAGAAUGGGUGGAAACUUGACUUUAUUCCAGUUCUACACGGGUAUGUCACGAUUGGCUACGCCUCGUAGACUGAGAUCAUCAAAAUUGACAAUCUCGGCCAAUCCAAUGCAUUCCCAAAGGAAAUCAAUGCAUCAUUAUGGGAAAUGUUCAGUGUCUGAACGUCAGUGCAACGCUGAACGUCUAAGUGAAUGCCAUUAGAGAUGUCCCUAGGCAAUAAUGUUGAAAAGUUGGUACAUACAUUAAAAAGCCUGCAUGGACGGACCAUACUCACCAGAUCCACUACAUUAAGCUGGUAACUUUAGUGUCCCUUUAACUAUAUGCUUACUAGUAAUCUUUGUCCCACUGGAUUGUAAACUGAAAAUUGAGUUUACAUGUGCAAAUUUGGCCUGUGCUAGUCAUCACCAUUACGGCAUACUCUGGCAAAAAAAACUGUAGAACUUAAAGGAUUUAAAAAAAAUCCCUUUCAGCACUGAAAAUUAUAGAAAAUAAAGCAGAUGUCCCCAGGGAUUCUAUUAAUAGAUGCCCAGUGCUCACAACAUGUCAGUGGUUAAAGGAUUAAUGGGUAUCCUUGCUCCAUAUUCCACAGCACAGCUUCCUCCCUCUGUAAUAAAUAGGAUGGAACUUGACAAUGCACGUGUUGGUGGACUACAUUUCUCAUAUAAAGUAAGGCGCAAAAAAACCUGCAACCAGAAGAAGUUUAGCCUAUUUUAAUUUUGGCACUUACCUACUGCCAAGUUGUGCAGGUAUGCCCCAGGUAGCAUAGACAAGUGGUUGUUCAUUUAAGUAGGAACUUGAAAAUAUAUUACACGGGAAGUCAUACUACAUUUGGAUAAAGUUUGUACCUUCCAGUGCCACUUGGAGGCAUUUGAGAUAGCAUUAUGUCUGCAUCUAUUGUUAUGUGUCUCCAGAACCUCUUGUCAUUGUUUAUUUUCUCUCAAUCUUUGCUCUGGCAUCCCAUACAACCACGUACGAAUGUUAUUCUAAACCAUGCAACAUCCUUUUCAUUUGCAUAAAGUAGUGUAGUCUGACCAUGUUCUGUUAAACGUCAAUAAGCAAUUUUACAGGGUUAGUACAGUGUUUUCCUGUUAACUGGUGUGUUUUUUUUGUUUUUUUUAAUUUGUUUUCCCCAUUCACACUGCUCACUUGAUACUCUUCCUUUUUUUUUUUCCCCUUUGCCCCAAAUAUCUUUCUCAGGUGGAUCGAAUGUCCUUUCCUUGUGGCUGUUCUCGAGAUGGCUGCAGUAACAUUGCAGGCCGCAUUGAAUUUAACCCAAUUCGGGUACGAACUCAUUAUCUUCACACCAUCAUGAAGCUAGAGCUAGAGAAUAAGAGGCAGCAUCCUCGACCACAACAUCUUGAAGAGGAGCUUCCUCAUGGCUCUCCGGUAGCAACAACUCCCCAAGAGACACAAGAUUUUCAGGAAUUCAUUGCUGAGAACUAUCAUCUUGAAAAUGAGGCUGCUGUUCGUCAUCUACAGAGUGCAGAGGAACGCCAGAGGAUGCUUGAUGAGGCAGAUGAAGCCUCGAGUGGCUCUAGCCUUAGUCUGGACUCCAGUGUGGAGAGUCUAGAGGUUUGUCUACUGGAGACACCCAUUACACUACCACCGUCCACCUGCCAUUCCUCUAUUACUCCAAUCCUACUUUCUGCUGGUACCUCAGUUCUUUGCUUCACUGAUGAGGACUCAGGGAGGCCAGCUUCACCACCGGAAUACACUAAUGGCAGUGUGGUGUCCCUGUAUGAUCAUGACCACAACCACACAGGCUUGGAGCCUGGUCCAGAAGUGACAGAAUCUGUCAACUCUGUCACUGCAGAGCAAAGUAUCAUGGUAAAAGUUGAUGAAUGCACGAUAGCCACUUGCUCUGAUGCAGUUGACCUGGUGCCAGAGCUUCCUGGGUCAUUGUCUAACUUGGCAGAAGGUAGCUCUGCGCCCGUGGUACAUUCAAAUAGGAAACUAGCAACUGUGGGUGAGGAGGGCACACUGAAGGAAAAUUGUGAAAGCCAAACCCCUUGGUCAGAGCAGCAGUUUUCUUCUGCGAAUAGUGCCCUGAGCGUGUGA